CCUUCUUUCUCUCGUCUUGAAGCAACGAACCCCAGAAAGAGUUGUCUAUCGUCUCUUCGACGUCAAGUGGGCAGCAAUCAAUCUUCCCAAAAACCUUUGCCCAGAUCGUCUAUGGCGUCUCUGACGGUGAAUACGUGGACGCCAAGCUCUCUUCAACUCAGAUUGGCCCUAAACUACGGGAAUUUCAGGGUUCCGGUACGGGCGAUGAUGGCGACGAAGCUCAGUCGCCACGUUCGAAUGUUGUGCGUUUCGCAGAAUGCGGAAGCCCGCCGUGAUUUUGGCGGGUGGAUCGGGUCGGGUCAUUUUAACGGGUGGUCGGAUUCGGGUGAUGAUGAGAAGUCCACCGAGUCCAGUGGCGGGAAUUGGUUGAAAGGUUCCCUGGUAGCUGGAGCGUCCGGGAUGAUUAUUACCGCUGGAUUAGUGGUCGCGGCCUUGUCCAUCAGGAGCAAUGUUUCAAGGCUAAAACAGGAGAUGGUACCCAUGGUUGCUGAGCAGGAAGUUCUGUUGGUUCCUGACUUGGGAGCUUCAAGCGAUCGAUUCAGCACAGUUUUGUCUUCAGAUGACACAGGCACAAAGACUAAAGCCACAUCCACAAACAAAGAAAAUCACGAUGUGAACACUGAAUCAGAAGGCUCAGCUGAGAUAUACGCAUUAUCUACCGAUCUGCAAGGGGUAGAUAAACUUAGCUCUCCCAUUUCAGGCACGAAACAAAGCUCUCUCACUUGUAAGGGAAUACCUGCUCCUUCCACUGCUCCACAAGUAAAUCCUGUAAAGCUUCUUUCUCCGAUGGCUGUGGAUCCAGUUCAUGGUCAAAUCUUUUCAGCUUUACAGGCAUUGAAGGUUAUUGAAUCUGAUGCUCUGCCUUACGAUUUAUGCACACGUCGUGAGUUUGCUCGUUGGUUGGUUUCUGCAAGCAAUGCUCUGUUACGGAGCAUGGUGUCAAAAGUGUAUCCUGCCAUGUACAUAGAGAAUGUCACUGAACUAGCAUUCGAUGACAUCACACCCGAGGAUCCCGAUUUUCCAUUCAUUCAAGGUUUGGCAGAGGCAGGACUUAUCUCAAGCAAACUUUUUAACCCCAAUUGCGGCCAGUUUUUGUUCUUCCCCAAAAGCCCUCUUUCACGCCAGGAUCUCUUGAGUUGGAAGAUGGCUUUGGAAAACCGACAGCUCCCAGAAGCUGACAGAAAGAAAUUGUACCAAGUUUCUGGUUUCCUCGACAUUGAUAAGAUAAACCCGGAAGCAUGGCCUGCCCUUAUAGCUGAUCUUUCCGCCGGAGAACAGGGAAUAACACCACUUGCUUUCGGUUGUACAAGACUGUUUCAGCCGUGUAAAGCAGUAACAAAAGCCCAAGCUGCUGUGGCUCUCGCCACGGGUCAAGCUUUUGACAUGGUCAGUGAGGAACUAGCUCGUAUUGAAGCAGAGUCCAUGGCUGAAAAUGUGGUUUCUGCUCAUAAUUCCCUAGUUACUCAAGUUGAGAAUGAUAUCAAUGCUAGCUUCGAGAAGGACCUUUUAAUAGAAAAGGGAAAAGUUGAUGCUGUGGAGAAAAUGGCUGAAGAAGCCAAGUUGGAUAUGGAGAAACUAAGAGCUCAAAAGCAAGAGCAAACACUUGCACUGGAGGAAGAACGAACGGCAAUUGAAACAGAAAUGGAGGAUCUAUCUAGGCAAAGGAAUGAGCUCGAGGAGCUACUUCAGGGCGUUGUGAAUAACAAGACAGAGAUAUCGUAUGAGAAAGAGAGGUUUGACAGAUUACAAAAGCAAGUCGAAGAUGAGAACCGAGAAAUUCUUCGGUUGCAACACGAGCUCGAGGUCGAAAGGAAUGCUUUGUCUAUGGCCAGGGAUUGGGCCGAGGAUGAAGCUAGAAGAGCAAGAGAGCAAGCAAAAGUGUUAGAAGAGGCGAGAGGACGUUGGGAAAAGCACGGUAUCAGAGUCGUCGUCGAUAGUGACCUCCAUGAACAGACCACAGCCAAGUCUACAUGGGUCAACGCAGGAAAACGAUUCUCUAUUGACGGGACCAUGAACAGAGCUCGAAAUCUGAUCAGGAAGCUCAAGCUAAUGGCGAGAGCCGUAGGAUUGAAGUCCAGAGACUUGAUCCACCUCAUCAUACAGAAGAUACGCUUCCUGUUAUCGUCCCUGAGAGAACAUAUAUGUGAAAUCGGUAGCAAAGCCGAAGAAUUGAGAGCGGAAACUUGCUUAAAGACGGGAGAACUGAAGAAACAGACAGAAGAAAGUAUCCGUGGAAUUGGGAAGAAAGCCGAAGAACUGAAAGUGAAGACGGAGGAGCUGAAGGAAAGAACGAGCCGUAGGGUUGACGAGAUUAGAAGGGUGACUGUGGAAGAAGCUCAGAAAGGCGUAUCGGAAUUGAGCAAAACGACGAAGGACGGUUUGAAGCGAACGGCCCAGGAAUUUAGGGUUGGAGUUGGAAAACUUGCAGAAAACUUCAAGAGGACGUAGCUCUAUAUUCUUGCCUUGUGCUUGUGCAUGUGCAGGUUCUUAACAAUUGUCCAGGAACAUUUUGAGAGGUUACAUAACUUGCCCUUUACGUCACUGUAAAGGUUCUUCCUUGGGAUACAAGUUAGAGAGGUUACAGCUUGAUGCAUGUCUCAGUAAGAAAUCAAUCGGUCUGUCAUAUAGACCUUUCUUUGUG